GCAGUGCGGUUGUACAUAACUAGCCUGGGCUAGCUAGCCAUCUUGACAAGAAUGAGGGAGGUAGCCGCUGUUCGGAUUUUCAGUUCCCUGAAGUGUGAAAUAGAGACGAUUUAUUAUUGGGAAUGUGUUACAUAUACCUUUGAAACAAGUGUUAGUAUUGAAUCGUUUUAAGUUCCUAAGUCAAGAGGAGAGAGGAGACUUGUUCCGAGAGAUGUCUUACAUACUUGUCCCAACGUAAAGGAGUGUUGUUGUAGCCAGCUAGCUAGUUGAGUGGAGGUACGGGCCCGCUUCACAGUCGGACUAAAGUAGCUGCCGCAGCUGGGGAACUCUAUCUGCGACAGCCGCCAUCUGACAACUACGGGGUCCGGACAUUACUUUACUUAACAGGCCGGUACGGACGGAUCAAAGCUUUGGAUCAGUUAUCGAAUUACUACUUCUAUUGGCAAACGCUGCAUUGCUGGACUUGGAAGGGUUGGUCUUCAAUGUUAUGAACUCGUAAAAUGCAACAGGAGACGAGAGGAGGAAGGAACAAGGAUGACUCAUACUCCUCUUGAUAAUAGUUAAAAAAAACUUACAUCGAUGCAAAUUCGCUGUUUCAGAUAGCCAGUUGUCAGCUGAUAUUAGCUAACUCACUUGCUUUUAACGCGAGACAUUUAGACGGGAGUUGUGAACGCAGGCUCUCAAAAUGUCUAAAAUGCCGGCUAAAAAGAAAAGCUGUUUUCAGAUCACAAGUGUGACACAGGCUCAGGUGGCGGCCAGCAGUGCCACGGACGACACGGAGAGCCUGGACGACCCAGACGAAUCACGGACUGAAGACGUGUCGUCUGAAAUAUUCGAUGUGUCCCGGGCCGACUUGGAGCCGGAGGUAUGUGAUCGAAGUUCAUCUGAGGAAACGCUAAACCAUGUAGGGGAGCAAGAGGCACCUGGCGUUAUGGCCCCACCGCGUAGUGUACCUAAAGUUGGGCAGAUACCUGCAAUGUCGGGGCCUCCAAAUGAAGGUUUUGCUAUUCGAAAGGCAGGAGUGGCAGGCUCGCCUCAUGUUAGCCAGCAAACACUGGGAAGUGGUUCGUCAAGCGGCCUCCCUAUUGCUCAGUCUGGGCCCAUGCCACAGCCUGCCCCAGUGGUCAGUUGGGGGGCUACAACAGUGUCAGUGAGCACAUCCCAGCCAGUAGUGACUAGUUUAACCCCUACUUCUGCUAUGUCAUCGACAGCAAGUUGCAGUUCACGUUUCAGGGUCAUCAAACUUGACCAUGGUACUGGAGAGCCCUUCAGAAAGGGCCGAUGGACUUGCACAGAGUUCUAUGAGAAAGACUCAGAAGGUAACACUGUGGUUAACAGGACUACGGAUAACAUUAGGCAUGCCAAUGCAUUUGACCCCAGCGCUGACAGGGACAGCGGGCUGGGGUUGACGGGUGGUGCGGUGGUUGCACCGUCGACUCACUCCGGCCAGGGCCUAGACUCCAUAGUGGACGCUGCUGCUCUUAACGCCUUGCACGUUCACCCAAUGGACACAAUGCAACAGCAGCAGCCCCACCACCAAAACUACAACAUGGGGCAGCCUGGAACAGCCACACACCACACUUUCCCCACCAACAACCUCAUGGCUGUCCCAGGUCAGCAGCCAACGCUGAGUACUAUCCAACCUGCUGCCAACCAGAACCUCUUUCCUGUGGGGCUCAACGGUCUUCCUCAAAGUGGCAUUCACAUACAGAAAUCCCCAAGCAUGACCCCUGCAGCCCUGACCCAGACGCUGGCUUACCCUCCCCAGCAGCAGGCCAUGCUACAGCAGCUUCCCCCGGGACAGCACAUGCCCAACCAGCCCCCAGGCCUGCCCCAGAACCAGGCAGACUACUACCAACAGAACCAGCCUGGCAUGCAGGCAGUGGCCUCAGUCGGCCAGACCCUCUAUGUGGGACAGACUGUGGGUCAGGGCCCGUCACUGGUCAUGACUCCCGCCACCGGGGUUCAGAUGCUGGGGCAGGUAGGGGAGAUGGCAGCAGUGGGGGGAGGAGGUUCUUUACCUGUCAGUCAGCCAGCUUCAGGCCUGAUGAGUGGAGGUGUGGGAGGUGUUGGAUCAUCCAUGGUACUGGGCGGAAGCUCUACUCUGCAACAGCUUGUAGGUCAGUAUGGCCCCACGGGUAUUCGUCAACCUGUCGGCCUCCACCCUUCGCCACCCUGCACCCAAAACGUGCCCAUCAUUGUGUCCAGUGCCUCCAGCGCCACCACAUUAGCCCCCACCGCCAUGCCAAACCUGACUGCCUCCUUGUUGCCCGCGCAACAGGCCCGCGAUGGCAGGGGGGCGCAGGGCCUCCCGGCGGCUGGGUUCAGCCAUGUGGAGGAGGGCCAGCCUCCCGCCUUCUCCGAGAAAAACCUGAUGAAGAUCCCUGAGAGCCUGCAGCUGGCCAACAACCCCUCUGUGAACAGCCUGUUUGGAAUAGCCAUAGACGGGGAUGAGGACAGGACCCCCUCCAUGGUGUUCUACCGGGCCUUCCAGUCUGGCAGCAGGCUGCAGGACUCUAAGGCCCACAGUGAUAGUGCCUCUGGAGCCGGUGUUGUUGCCAUUGAUAAUAAAAUCGAACAGGCGAUGGACUUAGUGAAAAGCCAUCUGAUGUAUGCAGUGCGUGAGGAGGUGGAGGUGCUGAAGGAGCAGAUCAAGGAGCUGUUUGAGAGGAACUCUAUGCUGGAACAGGAGAACGCCGUGCUGAAAUCCCUGGCCAACAGUGAUCAGCUGUCUGAGCUCUCCGUCUGGCCGGCCGCCACAAACUCCUCCUGCAGCACGCCUCCCCAGCAAGGGGUGGGCCAAGGCCAGCCACAGCUCCAGGCCCAGCCUCAAACGCUGCCACAGCUCCAGGCCCAGCCUCAAACGCUGCCACAGCUCCAGGCCCAGCCUCAAACGCUGCCACAGCUCCAGGCCCAGCCUCAAACGCAGCCUCAGCUCCAGGCCCAGCCUCAAACGCAGCCUCAGCUCCAGGCCCAGCCUCAAACGCAGCCCCAGCUCCAGCCUCAGCUCCAGGCCCAGCAACUCCAGCCUCAGCAACUCCAGCCCCAACUCCAGCUUGACGCCAGCCAGCCUUUGCUGCAACCGCAGCCCAACGGCAGCUCCGCUUGAAGUGCAUCCUCCCCAGCAGGAGAAAAAAAAGCAGAAAAGCACCCUCCAAUUAUUCUAAAUUAGCAUACGAAACAACAAAACAAUUAUAUUGUCUUGUUCUCCACCAGCUUGGCCACCACAACCAAGAGCAGUGCUUCUGUACCUGUUCGGCUUUCCCAGUGUUAAUGCAAUCAUUGCGCGAGAGAGACGGGGGCUUUUCUUAUGGGGCGCCAUACUGGAGCCUGGACUGGUUGAGUGCUAUGUCAGAGCCUGUGGACCAGAUCCCCCCCCCCCCCCCCCCCCCCC